AGGCAAGUAAAAGCCGCUUCUCUCUCUCUCUCUCUCUCUCUCUCUCUCUGCCUGCCUUUUUUACUGUUCCGCCGGCAGCAGCGAAGCUCUUGAGCUCAGAUCGCCUUCAUACUCUCCCAGGGCUUUCAUCAAACACCUGAUCUCCAGAUAAGAGAGAGAAGAGAUGAAUGCCGUUGGGAGACAGAUGCAGCGAUCUUCAACUUCUGCCCACCACCAGCGCCAAUACUCAGACAAUUUCUCCGAAGCCUCUUCCAAUAACAGCAAAUGGCUCCAAUCCGCGGGCCUCCAACACCUCCAAUCCUCCACCGCCGCUGCCGCCGCUUCUCUUCCACAGAACUAUUCGAGGAUGUUCCGUAGCGUGCAGCAGCGGAGCAAUGGAAGCGGGGAACUUUUCUCUGAGCCGUCGACACCUCCUAUUUGCUCCCGAUCGUCGAGCCAGCGGAAAAAUGGGGAGGAGGAUUAUGUUUCACCGAGUGAGCUUAGCCCUGGGAUCUUGGAUCUGCACUCGUUUGACACUGAGCUCCUCUCGGAUAUACCGGUUCCCGGUCCAUACAAUGGCUUUUCCUCCUUCCAUUCUUCUCGAGGUGGAAGCUUUGAUGCUUCUGAACUGGGAUUUUCGUCCAACAAGCAGAUGAACAAACCUCCUCGUGGGGUGCCAGAAAAUUAUCUUCUGAAGAGUUUUUCAGCGGAUAGAGAAAAGAGCGGUUCUGUUGCCAAGAUUAAAGUUGUGGUUCGUAAGAGGCCCCUUAACAAAAAGGAAGUAUCAAAGAAAGAGGAAGACAUCAUUACAAUAGAACCCAAUUCCAAUUUUCUUACAGUUCACGAGACUAAACUGAAGGUCGAUCUAACAGAGUAUGUUGAGAAACAUGAAUUUGUUUUUGAUGCGGUGCUUGAUGAAGAGGUUUCGAAUGAUGAAGUAUAUCGUGAGACUGUGGAGCCCAUUGUUCCAGCAAUUUUUCAACGGACCAAGGCAACUUGCUUUGCAUACGGACAAACAGGCACUGGAAAGACUUACACUAUGCAACCACUACCACUUAAAGCAUCGCAGGAUAUUCUAACAUUAAUGCACCAUGCUUAUCGAAAUCAAGGUUUUCAGUUGUUUGUCAGUUUCUUUGAGAUAUAUGGUGGGAAGCUUUUUGAUCUCCUAAAUGACAGGAGAAAGCUUUGCAUGAGGGAAGAUGGUAAACAGCAAGUUUGCAUUGUGGGUUUGCAAGAGUUUCGAGUAUCAAAUGUAGAGACAAUCAGGGAGUUAAUUGAGAGAGGAAAUGCUACAAGGAGUACAGGCACAACUGGUGCAAAUGAGGAGUCAUCACGCUCUCAUGCUAUACUUCAGCUUGUAAUCAAGAGGUCAGUUGAUGGCAGUGAAUCGAAGCCUCCUCGCAUAGUUGGAAAGCUCUCCUUCAUAGAUCUUGCUGGUAGCGAACGUGGUGCAGAUACCACAGAUAAUGAUAAGCAGACCAGAAUUGAAGGUGCUGAGAUUAACAAAAGCUUGCUUGCGCUGAAGGAAUGUAUUCGAGCUCUUGACAAUGACCAGAAUCAUAUUCCUUUCAGAGGGAGUAAGCUGACUGAAGUUCUAAGGGAUUCGUUUGUUGGAGACUCGCGUACUGUUAUGAUAUCUUGCAUUUCCCCAAAUUCAGGCUCAUGUGAACACACUCUUAACACAUUAAGAUAUGCUGAUAGGGUUAAAAGCCUUUCGAAAGGGAGCAACUCAAAGAAGGAUCUUCUGUCUACAUCCUUAAAUCUAAGAGACUCGACUACUCUGCCCUUGUCUUCAGUUUUUCCUACAGUUUCCACCUUUGAGGGUAACAGUGUUGAUGUAUCUAAAGAAACCAACAGAUUUGGGUGGUCUAAACAAAUCGAAACAGAAUCCUCUCUACCAUUUAUCCUGGACCGUAGCCGUGGUGGUAGGGAAGAAGCGCACUUAGGUUCUGGAUAUGCAGAUUAUACCAAGGAACAGAGAGGUAGAGGUUAUACAACUGGAGAGGAGUUUGAUUUCUCCCAGGAGUUGUAUGGGCAAGAGAAACCAUCAUGGAAGAUGAAGCCAGAGACGUUCCCAGUCUUGGCUUCAGAGGAUAAGCCUAGGAAAGUUGAUGUCCAGGCAAAGUGGAAAGACCUGUCGGAUAUGGAUGCAAAUAGUUCAUAUGCGGAUGAUGAUUUGAAUGCCCUGUUGAAGGAAGAGGAAGAUCUUGUGGUGGCUCAUCGGAGCCAAGUGGAGGAGACGAUGGACAUUGUUAGGGAGGAGAUGAAGCUGUUGGUAGAGGCAGACCAACCUGGCAAUCAGCUGGAUGAAUACAUCUCUAAAUUAAAUGCCAUUCUUUCACAGAAGGCUGCAGGAAUCCUAAAUUUGCAGACGCGUUUGGCCAAUUUCCAGAAGCGUUUGAAUGAAUACAAUGUUUUUGUAUCUUCUGCAGGCCAGUGAUUUUACUGGUGUUUGCUGUUCGAAGCUACUUGCCUGCAUUAUGGUGGUUGAAGAUUAUCUCAUGCAAUAUCUAUUCUUGCUAUAUAUUAGCAAACCAAUGUUGAUUGGUGCUGAUUUGCAAUGUGGGUGGUAGUAUCCUUCGAAACGUCAACAUCUCAUGGUUGAUUCUCGAAGGCUGUGGGGGAUUCAACGUGCUGGUUGAGUCAUUGAUUGUUCAAUUAACCGGUUUUUGUUUGGGUAAGUUGGUAUUAUCGAUUCAAUUGAAGGGAUUACAGUUUAUUUAUUAAAGUUCAUUUGUUGUUAUUUGUGGCUACUGUUGUCAAAGUAAACUAUGAUAUGUGCAUAUUGGCAUUAUUUUGUAAACCUCUGCAAGAUUGUAAUGAUAGGUAAAACCAAAACCAACACCUCUUUCGGAUGCUAA